ACUAAAGAUUACACAUAGUCUAGCAAUGAUUACCCGAGCAUCAUGUUUUAACUAGCUUUUGUAUCAUGAUACAAUGUAUUGAACAAGAUCUGAGACGCCUUCACAGCUCUUCGAUAACAUCACCCUAUCUUCACAAUUGCUAAGAAUAAAUUAGGAGCGUUUUGAACUUAUUUGUUUUUCGUAGUAAAACUUCGAAUUUUUUUAGCUAGGUAUCUUAAAUUAACGGCCAAAAUACGAAUUCGAUUCAAACAUACCGACAGUUCGAAGGUCGAGGUGCAUAUAGCAAAGAUGUCCAUAUCUGUUCUGCCGCGUGCGAAAAAUGCAUGGCGAAAUUGUAGCUGUCAAAUGCUCCGCAAAAGUAAAUAAACUUCAGAACGCGUUUCAUUCAAAGGUAAACCGCUAUUCUCAUGCUACCAAAAAUAAACAUUCAAGAAUAGGGAAAAACGAUACGAUAAAAUCAUAAGGCUUCAUUAAACGAAUCUAUACUAGCUAAAGGAAAUUAGUUAUCAUGUACCGUCCGGCGGGUUACGAUGAUUCUGAUGAGGAUGAACUUGACGAUUUUGGGUAUUUCUGCAGUUCAUAUUCGGAGAAAAAGGAAAAUACUGCGUUUAUGCCGAUGCCGGUGGAAGAUGAUGACACGUUGCUAUAUAAUGCUGUCCUGGACGGUAAUCUAGAGGAAACGAAACGCAUUAUGAAACAAAAUGAGUUUUUGCGCUCUGGAAAAGAACUACGUCAGGGUUGGCCUGCACUAUUUUAUGCUUGUUACGAAGCCAAGGUGGCAAUAGUGAAGUACUUCGUGCAGGAGGAACACAUGGAUGUGAAUCGAGAGUAUGAUCUGCAGACGGCUCUCAUGAUUGCUUGCAGCUCAACACAAGCAUCCGAAUGCGUGUAUCAGAUCGUCCGUUUGCUGCUCGAUUAUGGAGCCAUCAUCGGUAUGUUGGAUCUGUACGGACGCUCGCCGCUCAUGUUUGCCUGCAAGGAAGGUCACGUGGAGGUAGUUAAAGAAAUAGUAGCAGAAUCUUCGCUGCUGUCGGUCGAUAAUGAGGGGAACACGGCGCUGUUCCAUGCGGUUAAUAAUAAUCGGUUAGAGGUGGUAAAGGUUUUGCUGCGUGCCGGGGCCCAAACUCACGCCGUCAAUAAGCAAGGUUAUACUCCGAGACAGUGUGCUAUGAACAACAACUUCCUGGAUAUCGCAGAGCUGUUUCCGCCGGAGGCGAAACCAUUCGAAAUACCGUACAAUUACUUGUGCUACAGGAGCUAUCGUAACUUUAUUCACGGCGUAGAGGACAAAGAUCCGCCCGGAUAUUAUCCCGACCUAGGACUUAUGUUGUAUGGUAUGAACAGCGAAGCUAAGCUUCGUAUUUUCGUGGAACCGGGAUUGAAUUUGGUAGACUUUCUCACACUUACUGAUGAAAAGUUGCGCGAGCUUGGCCUCAAAUAUCCGAUUGAACGAAAGCGCAUUUUGCUGGGGUUGUACGAUUUUCAUCGUCAAAAAUGGUCUAAGAACAGUUUAUGGACGAUGGAAAAGGAGCGCGUUCUAGACUUUUAUGACAUUUUGGAAGCACUUGGAAACAUGCUUAAACAUCUGACCGUCAUGCAUGCAUCCCUGUUGUAUACGAAGCAGUUAACAGAAAGCCACAAUGCGAAAUGUUUUGUCAGCGCUGAACAGUGUACCGAUUUGAACCAGCAGCUAAUUGAGCUCCGUGCGUCAGUCAACGAAUUGCAGGACCGAAUUAAAACCAUACACAAACUCUCCGCGUCAAAGCCAGUUUUACUCGUAAUGCCAUCGAAUAAGGACCAAAGAGCGUAUGCUAAAAUGAUGAAAUGUGGUAUAUUGCUAAUAGUCGGUGGAUUUGUAAUGUAUCGUAAGCUAAUGCGGUGAAAAAUGAAACAAGGAACGUGAAGUCUUUACAAUAGGUUCCAAAUGCUGUUAAUAGAAAAGCACACUAAUGUUACACUUCAAAUUGCUUUUGUCAUCAUUUCUCGA